UGCGGCUGGGCCUUGGAAGUGUCGGGUUAGCGCUCGGCAGUCUGCCAUGGCUGUUCGGACCCCUGUACAACGGGGCGACGCCACCGCUGAGAGAUACCUGUUUGUGGACCGGAACCAUGUGGGCAAUCCAGCCUCACAAGCUGAUUGGACGGCCAAACGCCUGGUGUGGGUCCCGUCCGAACGUCAUGGCUUUGAGGCGGCUGGGCUGCGCGAAGAACGGGGAGAUGAGAUGUUGGUGGAACUUACCGAGAAUGGGCGUCAGAUGCUGGUGGCCAAAGACGACAUUCAGAAGAUGAACCCACCCAAAUUUACCAAGGUGGAAGACAUGGCAGAGCUGACCUGCCUCAAUGAAGCCUCGGUGUUGCAUAAUCUGAAGGACCGCUACUACUCGGGUCUUAUCUAUACAUACUCAGGGCUCUUCUGUGUGGUCAUCAACCCUUACAAGAAUUUGCCCAUCUACACAGAACAAAUUGUGGAGAUGUAUCGGGGCAAAAAACGUCAUGAGAUGCCGCCUCACAUUUAUGCCAUCUCCGAGACUGCCUACCGAAGCAUGCUGCAAGAUCGAGAGGAUCAGUCGAUCUUAUGCACAGGUGAGUCAGGUGCUGGCAAAACGGAGAACACGAAGAAAGUGAUCCAGUACUUAGCACAUGUGGCUUCAUCUCAUAAAGCCCGGAAGGACCAUAAUGUGCCGACUUCCAGCCCUGCUUCCUACGGAGAACUGGAGCAUCAGCUACUGCAAGCCAACCCUAUUUUGGAGGCCUUCGGCAAUGCAAAAACGGUGAAAAACGACAAUUCCUCACGAUUCGGUAAAUUUAUUCGGAUUAAUUUUGAUGUAGCCGGCUACAUUGUUGGAGCCAAUAUAGAGACAUAUCUUUUGGAGAAGUCCCGUGCCAUUCGCCAGGCCAAGGAUGAACGAACUUUCCAUGUUUUUUAUCAACUCUUAGUAGGUGCUGGUGAACACACGAGAGGGGAGCUGCUGCUGGAGCCUUUCAAUCAGUAUCGCUUCCUGUCGAAUGGAUACCUGCCCAUCCCUGGACAGCAGGAUAAAGAGAUCUUCCACGAGACUAUGGAGUCCAUGCGCAUCAUGGGCUUUUCACAUGAAGAGAUACAUUGUAUGCUGCGAAUGGUCUCAGCUGUGCUGCAGUUUGGCAAUAUUGUCUUCCGUAAAGAGAGGAAUACAGAUCAGGCUUCCAUGCCGGAUAACACAGCUGCUCAAAAACUCUGCCACCUCCUGGGCAUGAACGUCACGGAGUUCACCCGUGCUAUUCUUACCCCACGCAUCAAGGUCGGCCGAGACUAUGUGCAGAAGGCACAGACAAAAGAACAGGCUGACUUUGCCGUGGAAGCAUUGGCCAAAGCCACCUAUGAGCGGCUUUUCCGCUGGCUUGUGCAUCGGAUCAACCGUGCAUUGGAUCGUACCAAACGCCAGGGGGCAUCUUUCAUCGGCAUUUUGGAUAUUGCUGGUUUUGAAAUAUUUCAGCUGAACUCGUUUGAACAACUCUGCAUCAACUACACCAAUGAAAAGCUCCAGCAGCUCUUCAACCACACCAUGUUUGUGCUAGAGCAGGAAGAAUAUCAACGAGAAGGCAUUGAGUGGAAUUUCAUUGACUUUGGCUUGGACCUUCAACCCUGCAUUGAUCUCAUUGAGAGACCAGCAAACCCUCCAGGGCUGCUGGCUCUACUAGAUGAGGAGUGCUGGUUCCCUAAAGCCACCGAUAAGAGCUUUGUGGAAAAAGUUUCCCAGGAGCAGGGGUCCCAUCCCAAAUUCCAAAAACCCCGGCAGCUGCGGGAUAAAGCUGACUUCUGCAUCAUCCAUUAUGCUGGCAGGGUUGAUUACAAAGCGGAUGAGUGGCUCAUGAAAAAUAUGGACCCCUUGAAUGACAAUGUGGCCACUCUUCUUCAUCAGAGCACGGAUAAGUUUACUGCUGAACUAUGGAAAGAUGAGAUCCAGAAUAUACAGAAGGUUUAUUUCUUUGACAGCUAUGCCGUGGCAUCUCAGGUUCCAGCCGAAAUGGAUCGGAUUGUGGGUCUGGACCAAGUAAGCGGGAUGGGAGACCUGGCCUUUGGCGCCUCCUACAAGACAAAGAAAGGAAUGUUCCGGACUGUGGGACAGCUGUAUAAGGAGUCGCUCUCCAAACUUAUGUCAACCUUGCGCAACACCAAUCCCAACUUUGUACGGUGCAUCAUACCAAACCAUGAGAAAAGAGCUGGAAAACUGGAGCCACAUCUUGUACUGGACCAGCUGCGUUGCAACGGAGUCCUUGAGGGAAUUCGAAUCUGCCGCCAGGGAUUCCCCAAUCGCAUUAUCUUUCAGGAAUUCCGCCAAAGGUACGAGAUCCUGACACCAAAUGCCAUUCCCAAAGGCUUCAUGGAUGGAAAACAGGCCUGUGAGCGUAUGAUCAAGGCUUUGGAGCUGGACCCUAAUCUCUACCGCAUUGGCCAGAGUAAGAUCUUCUUCCGGGCUGGCGUUUUGGCUCACCUAGAAGAGGAACGAGAUCUGAAGAUUACAGAUAUAAUUGUGUCUUUCCAGGCAGCGGCCAGGGGAUACCUAGCUCGCAAAGCUUUCAUGAAAAAGCAGCAGCAGAUGAGCGCUCUCAAAGUUAUGCAACGCAACUGUGCAGCCUACCUCAAACUGCGCCAUUGGCAGUGGUGGCGCCUGUUUACCAAGGUGAAGCCUCUGUUGCAGGUGACACGCCAGGAUGAGGUGAUGCAAGCGAAGGCAGUAGAACUACAGAAAGUCCAAGAGAAGCACACAAAAACCCAACUGGACCUUAAGGAACUAGAAAACAAAUACCAACAGCUCUCAGAGGAGAAGGCCAUUCUGGCUGAGCAGCUGCAAGCUGAGACAGAGCUGUUUGCUGAAGCUGAGGAGAUGCGGGCCCGGCUGGCAGCUCGGAAGCAAGAACUGGAGGACAUCCUGCAUGAGUUGGAAUCACGGGUGGAAGAGGAGGAGGAGCGAUGCCAGCAGCUACAGGGAGACAAGAAGAAGAUGCAACAGCACGUUCAGGACCUUGAAGAGCAGCUGGAGGAAGAAGAGGCUGCCCGACAAAAGCUGCAAUUGGAGAAGGUCAGCACAGAAGCCAAGCUGAAAAAGAUGGAAGAAGAUCUGCUGGUGCUCGAAGACCAAAAUUCAAAGUUGCUUAAGGAGAGGAAGCUGACAGAGGAACGCCUAUCUGAGUUCUCUUCUCACAUGGCAGAAGAGGAAGAGAAGGUGAAGAGCCUGAGCAAACUGCGCAAUAAAUAUGAAGCUGUCAUCGCCGACAUGGAAGAUCGGCUCAAGAAGGAAGAAAAAGGCCGCCAGGAGCUGGAGAAGCUGAAACGGAAGCUGGAUGGGGAGGCAGGUGACCUGCAAGAGCAGGUGGUAGAGCUGCAGCAGCAACUGGAGGAGCUCCGCCAAGCAUUGGCAAAGAAAGAGGCUGAGCUGCAGGCAGCUUUAGCCAGAGUGGAGGAAGAAUCAUCCCAGAAGAAUGCUGUGCUCAAGUCCUUGCGUGAACUCCAAGCACAAAUAUCAGAACUGCAGGAGGACCUGGAGUCAGAGAAGAUGGCCCGUGCCAAAGCUGAGAAACAACGGCGUGAUCUGGGAGAGGAACUGGAAGCUCUAAAGACAGAACUGGAGGACACCCUGGAUUCCACGGCCGCACAGCAGGAGCUACGGUCGAAACGAGAGCUAGAGGUGACAGAGCUCAAGAAGACCAUUGAGGAGGAGAUCAAGGCACAUGAAGCACAGGUGGUAGACAUGCGCCAGCGCCACACCAGUGCCCUGGAGGAGCUGUCAGAGCAGCUGGAGCAGUCACGACGGUUCAAAACUACCCUGGAGAAAGCAAAGCAAACCUUGGAAGGGGAAAACAUAGAGAUGCAGAAGGAAGUGAAGAUCCUUCAAGGAGCCAGACUGGAAUCUGAGCAGCGGCGCAAGAAGCUAGAGGGUCAAGUCCAGGAACUGCAACUCCGGGCAGCUGAAAAUGAGAGAGUCAAAUCUGAACUCACUGACAGGCUGGUAAAACUGCAGAAUGAGCUUGAUGGAGUCUCCAGUACCUUGGGAAGUGCAGAAUCCAAGACAAUAAAACUUGCCAAGGAUCUGGCUAGCGUUGAAUCCCAUCUGCAGGAUACUCAGGAAUUGCUCCAAGAGGAGACGAGGCAGAAACUAAAUCUGAGCUCCCGAGUCCGGCAACUGGAAGAGGAGAAAGGAGCUCUCCUGGAACAGCUGGAGGAGGAAGAAGCUGCCAAGGCCAACUUCAGUCGCCAGAUCCAGAGUCUGCAGCAACAGGUGAUGGAGACCAAGAAGAAACUGGAGGAAGAUGCUGGAGUAGCAGAAUCAAUUGAGGAAGCUCGGCGCCGGGCAACCAAGGAAUUGGAGGCCCUGACCUUGCGCUACGAUGAACGGGUUCAAGCCUGCGACAAGCUGGAGAAAGGGCGAACCCGCCUGCAGCAGGAGCUGGAUGAUGUCAUUGUGGCCCUUGACCAACAGCGCCAGGUGGUCUCUGCCCUCGAGAAGAAGCAGAAGAAAUUUGACCAGAUGUUGGCUGAGGAGAAGCUGAUCUCAGCCCGCCAUGCUGAGGAGAGGGACCGCGCAGAAGCUGAUGCCCGUGAGAAGGAGACCAAGGUGUUGUCAUUGAGCCGUGCCUUGGAAGAGGCUUUAGAAAUACGGGAGGAGCUGGAGAGGCAGAACAAGCAGCUGCGAGCAGAAAUGGAUGACUUGGUCAGCUCCAAGGAUGAUGUUGGCAAAAAUGUGCAUGAACUGGAGCGCUCCAAGCGGGCCUUGGAACAGCAAGUGCAAGAGAUGCGAACACAACUGGAGGAACUGGAAGAUGAGCUGCAGGCUGCAGAGGACGGGAAGCUGCGCUUGGAGGUCAAUAUGCAGGCCUUGAAGGCACAGCACGAGAGGGAGCUGCAGAACAGGGAUGAUGCCAAUGAUGACAAGAAGAAACUGCUCAGCAAGCAGGUGCGAGAGUUGGAGGCGGAACUGGACGCUGAGAGGAAGCAAAGGGCCCAAGCGCUUGCUGCCCGGAAGAAGUUGGAGAUGGAUCUUCAGGAAGCCCAGACACAAUUGGAUGCCACCACCAAAGGAAGGGACGAAGCUUUGAAACAGCUACGCAAGUUGCAGGCCCAGAUGAAGGAACUCUGGCGAGAGGUUGAGGAAGCCCGGGCAGCUCGUGAGGAGAUUUUUAUUCAGUCUCGUGAGAGUGAAAAGAAGCUGAAAAAUCUGGAGGCAGAGCUGCUGCAGCUUCAGGAGGAACUGGCAGCGUCAGAGCGAGCUAAGAGGCAGGCACAACAGGAGCGUGAUGACCUGGCAGAUGAGCUGGCCAAUGGAAACAGUGGCAAGUCCGCUCUUCUAGAUGAAAAACGCCACUUGGAGGCAAGAAUUGCACAGCUGGAAGAGGAACUGGAUGAAGAGCAAAGCAACAUGGAACUCAUGAAUGACCGCUACCGUAAGCUCAGCAUGCAGGUGGAAACCAUCACCACUGAAUUGGCAGGGGAGCGCAGCUUUUCUCAGAAGACUGAAAAUGCCCGGCAACAGCUGGAGCGCCAGAACAAAGACUUGAGGGCCAAGUUAGGCGAGAUGGACUCAUCUGUGAAGUCCAAGUACAAGUUGGCCAUUGCAACUCUGGAGUCCAAGGUGGCCCAGCUAGAAGAACAGCUGGAACAGGAGUCCAGAGAGAGGAUGCUGUCAGGAAAACUUGUGAGGAGGGCAGAGAAGAAACUCAAGGAAGUGCUUCUGCAGGUUGAUGAAGAGAGGAGAAAUGCUGACCAGUAUAAAGAUCAGGUUGAAAAGGGCCACCUGCGCCUGAAACAGCUGAAGCGUCAGCUGGAGGAGGCGGAAGAAGAGGUCUCGCGGGCCAACACCAGCCGCCGCCGCAUGCAGCGUGAACUUGAGGAUGUCACCGAAUCAGCAGAAUCCAUGAAUCGCGAAGUCACCAGCCUGCGCAAUCGCCUCAGGCGCACACCUCUCAGCUUCACCAGCCGCACUGUCCGGCAGGUCUUCCGUCUUGACGGCGUCUCAGAUGAGGAGACUGAGGACCCCGAGAGCGACUCCCCAUCUACAAACCACCAGCCUUCCCAGCCCCUGGGGCCCUCCCAGGGCCAGUCACCAGUACCUGCUGCCGAAGAGCCUCCCCAGACUCAAUAAAUGGGAAGAGUCAGACUCCAGUUGGACGGGGUGGGAUACGAGAGGGACCCUACCCUUGCACAAUGUCUGACACCUCUAAAGAAAAGAAUACACUCCUCUUCUCUCCCUCCCUCCCUCUCUCCCUUCUUCCCACUUGCAAUCUUGGAUCUCCCAGCAAUUUCUUUGUAUCCAGCUGCACUUUAAUAUCAGUCACCCCUGAGGGGUGGAAAAUGAGGAGGGGAAGAGAAGGAAAAUGGGAGGUGGGGGCGGGGGCGUUGUUUCUGGAUUUUCACUCUGUCAUCCUUA